AUGGAUAACGCGUGUUUCACGUGGGCGUUAGUUUCCGCUUUGUAUCCAACCAAUAGUCACGCGCACAGAUUAUCGCAGUAUCCACAUUAUUCGGACGUGUUGCUGCUCGAAGGUAUCGAGUUUCCCGUUAUUUUGAAACAAAUUACGAAAUUUAAACGCUUGAACGAUAUAUCUAUCAACGUAUUUACCGAACGAGAGAGAGAUGGGAAAAAAGAUGACAACAUAAUCGUUCCUCUUCGUCUCACCAAAGACAAGAGAGAAAAACACGUAAAUCUGUUGUAUCUGCAAGAUUCGCGACGCGGCGAAAACGUCACCGGUCAUUUCACAUGGAUUAAAAAUCUGUCACGAUUGAUAGGUUCCCAGUUGAGCAAGAAUACGAAAAAGAAGUAUUUGUGUGAUAGAUGUCUACAUUAUUUUCAUACGAGCGAGAAGUUGUCGCUUCACGUCGUUGACUGUGCUACGACGAACGAUUGCGCUAUUAUUCUUCCGAACGAGGACGACAAGUGGUUGUCAAACGAAACCGUAAUCAUAACAAAAAGGAGCGACUUCCCUUUGUGGUUUACGCCGAUUUGGAGUGUAUACUGGAGAAGAAGACCAGCGAUGAAAAUAUGUCGAGGUUCACCUAUCAACAUCACAGGGUUUUCAGCAUCUCGUCGCGGUGAGGAUUGCGUAUCGUGGUUUGUCAAUGAAUUAUACGAUUUGGCGCAUCGCGCGAAAACGAUAUUUAAUAAGAACGUUACUAUGACAGGGCUUACUUCGGACGAGUGGGAAAAAUUUCGAGACGCGCCUCAUUGUCACAUCUGUGAAAGACCGUUCGAGGAAGGAGAUUUGCGCGUACGCGAUCAUUGUCAUUUAAUCGGACGUUACAGAGGUCCCGCGCAUUCACAUUGUAAUUUAAAUUAUCGAGAGUCGUACGUUAUUCCUGUGUUUUUUCAUAACUUGUCGGGUUAUGACGCGCAUUUUAUCAUAAAAGAUAUCGCUAACAGUUUUGAGGGUAGCGUGUAUUUGUUAACGAAAGAAAAUUAUAUAUCGUUUACGAAAUAUGUCAAGGAUACGGCGAAAGUCAAGUGGGGAAUGGACAAUGUGAAACUGCGUUUUGUGGAUUCUUUUAAAUUUCUCAGUACUAGUUUCGAGAAAUUGGUAUCUUAUCUCGACAAGAGUAAAUUGACAAUUACGCGGUCGGAAUUUCGCAAUCUUAACACCGAGGAUUUUGAUCUGCUUGCGCGUAAAGGAGCGUUUCCGUACGAGUACGUCAACAGCGUUGAUAAGCUGGAUGAGACUAGUUUACCGCCGCGCGAAUCGUUUUACAGUUCGUUAACCGACGAAGUCGUUUCCGAGGACGAUUAUCAAUACGCGACAAACAUUUGGCGACGCUUUUGCAUAAAGACUCUCGGUGAUUACAGCGAUUUUUACGGCUUGGAUCCGACGUAUUAUUACACUCUACUGGGAUACACGUGGGACGCUAUGUUGAAAUACACCGGUAUUCGAUUCGAAUUGCUCACCGAGAUCGACAUGGUGAUGUUUGUGGAGCGUGGUAUACGCGGUGGUUUAAGUCAAGGUUCGCAUAGGUAUGUGCGAGCUAAUAACAAGUAUGCACCUUCGUACGAUCCUUCGGAACCCUCGACGUACCUCAUGUACUUCGAUGUGAAUAAUUUGUACGGUUGGGCGAUGUCCGAAUCCUUACCGUAUGGAGAAUUUCGAUGA